AUGAACCUGGCCAUGCUCAUGAACACUGUCAUGCUGACAGGCUACAUGUUCAAGAGCGCAGAGGAGCGCUUCCGCCUGCGCAGCGCCCUCGGCAUCCAGGGCGGCGGCGCCAGCGGCGGCGCGGGCGCGGGCGCGGCGCAGCAGCUGCAGCAGCAGCCCCAGCAGCAGCAGAUGCGGCAGCAGCAGGCCGCGGGCGCGGGGGGCGGGGCUCUGGGGGCCGGCGGCGGCGUGCUUGGCAAGCAAUAUGCCCCGGGUGUCCAGAAGUCGCGCGUGCAGGGGGACGUGCUGCUGUGGCACAAGGAGAACGGCGUCGAGACGAUGGCGGCUGUGGAGUACAUAGAGCUGCUGGAGGCUGAAGUGGCGCGUUUGCGCGGCGCCGCCGCCUCCGCCGCCGCCGCCGCCGCCCCGCGCCCGCCCAAGCAGCCGCGCCUCCCGCCCGCCGCCGCCUGGGGCCUCGACGCCCCGCAGCAGCCGCAGCAGCCUGCCGCCGCUGCCGCUGCCGCGGGUGACGCGCGGCCGCUGCCGCAGCUGUACUCUGAUGCGGGCGCAGGGCAGCAGCAGGGCGCGCUGGCCGUGCGGCCGCACGAGGAUAGGAACGACCUCCUUGAGUUCAUCCGCGCCUUGGAGCCGUCCACGGUCGGGGACCUCACGUCGUGCGCGACCCCCGAGACCGCCGCCGCGAUGGACGCGUUUGUGGAGCGGCUGCUGGGCAUCAACGGCGGCGCGGACCGCGACGCACUGCGGCGCGCGGCGAGCGAGACGGACGCGGUGGAGAUGCGGAAGCUGCUGUUCUGGCUGAUGGUGGUGGGGUGGAAGCUGCGCGCCAUGGAGAUGCAGGUCGAGCUGGAGCGGUCUCUGGAGUGA